AUGUUCUCGAGAGCGAUCGCACUUAGAGCCAGGCCGGCAGCGUUAGCUGUUCCUUGCCGGAGCUGCAGCAGGAGCUUCGGUAUGCCUCUCAGAGCCAAGAUCAUCGGCGCGGAGGCCUCAUCACGCGCACAAAUGUCGACGCAGAUUCCGAAAGGGUUUGAGCAGAAGGCCAAGGACGACCCUGACGAUGUCAUGUUCAACAGCAGUUACGGUCUGAGGACCAUUGAGCUCAACCGCCCGAAGAAACUCAACUCCCUGGACGGAAGCAUGAUCCGAAAAAUUCUGCCGAGAUUGGUCGAGUGGGAAAAGUCGGACCUGGCGAACGUGGUGGUCAUGAAGGGAUCAGGCGAAAAGGCCUUCUGUGCCGGCGGAGACGUUGCCGCACUGGCAAAGUGGAAUAAGUUUGAGGACGGAUGGAAGCGGAGCGCAAAAUACUUCGAGCUCGAGUACAAGCUGGACCACUACAUCGCGACGUAUCAGAAGCCCUAUGUUGCCUUCAUGGACGGUAUCACCAUGGGUGGCGGUGUCGGUCUGAGCAUCCACGCGCCGUUCCGCGUUGCCACUGAGCGCACCAUCUUCGCCAUGCCCGAGACGACGAUUGGUUUCUUCCCCGACGUUGGCGCCUCAUUCUUCCUGCCCCGGAUGGCCGGCUCCAUCGGCACGUACCUCGCCCUGACGAGCGAGAGACUUCAGGGCGCCAACGUCUUCUAUUCUGGUGUCGCCACCCACUACCUCCACUCGACUUCUUUGCCCCAGGUAGAGGCCCGUCUUGCCGAGAUUCGAUUCCGCGACCACGACUCACUGGAGAAGCGCCUCCAAAUCGUCAACCAAACCCUCGAGGAGUAUGCCACCGGUCUCCCCCACAACGAGCCCAUCCUUCUCGGCGGCGACCUGCGCAAGGCUAUCGACCGCUGCUUCAGCCAGAGCAACAUCGGUGCCAUCAUCAAGGCUCUCAAGGCUGAGAAGGGCUCAACGAAGCAGUGGGCCGCGAAGACGAUCGAGACGUUGCACAAGCGGUCGCCUACGGCCGUCAACGUUGCGCUGAGGCAAAUGCGCAUCGGCGGCACUUGGUCAAUCGCCGAGACUUUCAAGCGCGAGCACAAGAUUGCAGAGAAGUUCAUGCAGCAGGGCGAGUUCACCGAGGGUGUGACUGCGUUGCUGAUUGAGAAGAGAGCCCCGGCGUGGAAGCCUGCUACUUUGGAGGAGAUCAAGCCUGAGAUGAACGUCACGGAGCCCUUCUUCGAGUCCAGCGGAGAAGACCUUGAGCUGCUGAACGACCGGGACUACAAGGAGUACCCGUACACAUACUUUGCUCUGCCGACCGAGGCCGAUGUACGAAAGGUCGUGCUCGAGGGCCAGCACACGCCCGAGGAGGUCGUGAAGAAGCUCGCCGCCUCGAAGAACAACCGACAAGGUGUCGAGGCGGUAGUCAAGGAGAUUGUGGACCGUAAGGUCGUCGCGAACAAGGAGGGUCGCGCGGUCUGGCCCGAGGAAAACCAAUAG